AAAAAAAAUUUUUUUUUUUUUUUUUUUUUCAUUAUUUUAAACUUAUUUCAGUUUUAAGUAAUAAAUAUGCUCGAAAUUGCAGUUUUACCCGGAAAAGGUAGAGGAUAUAGAGCUACUGAGGAUAUUACAGCAGGGACAACAAUACAUGUUUCAGAGCCCUUGACGACAACCGUAUCACAAGAGUGGAUACCUGAAACUUGUUUUUGGUGCUUUAACUUUAGUUAUCCAAAGAAACAAAAAUUUAAAGCAGUGUCAACAAGAGAAGAGCAAUUAGAACUUUCAAAUCAAUGGUUGUCAUCAAAGGAGGAUGGUUACACAUCAAAAGGGUCGGUUACACAUGCUGUACAGCAGCUUGCUUCAACAUUAGUUUUCAAAGACAUUUUAUUCUGCUCAGAAACGUGUCGAGAGGAAUUCAAGCGAUCUGGAUUAUCGACUCCCUUCGAAUGGUAUAUGACAAUGGCUGCCAAUUAUAGACUAGAUAAUGAAUUUAAGAGAAAUAAAUUAAAAGAAACAAAUCUAAUACAAAAUCAACUAAAAGAUGAAGAAAUAAUGAUAAUAGAAAGCUUGGAUAUUCAUGAUGAUAAAGCGCUAUCAGACUGGCUAGAUGAAGCAUGGUCUUGUAUAGUAGAUAAUGAUUUUGAGCUUUAUAGAGAAAUAGAUGAUACAGAUAGAGCAAUGUGUCGACUCAUUGCUUCAUGCAUAAUACGUAAAGACGCAGAGUUGUAUCCUUGCAAUGAUAAUCUACCGCCACUACCCAGAUUCAAAGACUUGCUUGCAAUUCAAAAUAAUGAACUAUCCCAUUUUAGAAGUUGUUUUAUUAAUCCAAAAAAUGAAUUAUACCCAUCUCAUGAUAAUCAAAAAUCAAUAUCAUCAUCAUUAUUAUUACCUUGCAUUCAACAUAUUAUAAAACUUGGACCCAAGGAAAGACGAGAACUAUUACUUUCAGUCUUGCCUUUAGAAGUUUUAGAUGUCAUGGCACUUUAUUCCUUCUUUGCUCGUGCCUUCAAGGACACACAUGUCACAAAAAAGAAUUCAAUAAAAAUACCAACAUUAGCUAAUCUAGAUCAUCGGUUAUUUCGAUCCAUCUAUUUUCGAGAACGAGCCAACAGCUUUGGAUUAUGGGAAAUGAGUCAUGAUCAUACUGAUGUCACUGAUGAUUUGGAAUUAUUGGGUUGGGGCAUCUAUCCUUCUGCAGUUUAUUUUAAUCAUUCAUGUGAUGCUAACGUCAUAAAAAUUAGAGAUGGAAGAAAAAUGAAAUUCAUUGCAAAACGAAUGAUUAAAAAAGGUGAAGAAGCAUGCAUUUCAUAUGGUAAUGUUGAAGAAGAUGUGGAAAAUCGUCGGUCGAGAUUAUUGAAACAUUACCACUUUUUAUGUCAGUGUACAAGAUGUAUUCAAGAAGAUGAACAAAACAACAACAAUAAAAGAUCGAAUUGUUAAACAAAAAAAUAAAUAAAUAAAUAAAUAAAUGAAAUAAAAAUACAACUCUGGUU